CAUCAUCAUCACUCCAUUCCGUUUCAAGAGCAUCAUCAUCACUCCAUUCCGUUUCAAGAGCAUCAUCAUCACUCUAUUCCGCUUCAAGAGCAUCAUCAUCGCUUCAUUCCGUUUCAAGAGCAUCAUCAUCACUCUAUUCCACUUCAAGAGCAUUAUCAUCACUCUAUUCCACUUCAAGAGCAUCAC